AUGACACUGAUUAUUUACUACACGUCAAAAAUUCUUCUGAUUCUGUCUAUUAUUAUUGAGAUUGCCGAAUCAUGUUCGAGUCGGAGCUCAUCGAAAACAAGGCCUCCACACGUGGCCAGACCCAACAUAACAUAUUUAACAUAUACGUGUCCACAAGGUCCGGCGGAACGUUUGUGCUUGAACGGCGGCACAUGUUUUACUCUUUUUGAAAAUUCGACUGAUUAUUUCUGCAAAUGCGCCGAGGGAUAUUGCGGGGCGACAUGCGCCGACAAAUACACCCGAAAUGGUUGUUUUACUUCUUCUUUACCUUCUUCUUCUUCUUCUUCUUCAUCGUCUCUCGUUAUAAUGUCAAAUUCUGGCGAGCCGAGACCGCCAGAAACAUUUCCCUGUCCUCCGGGACCGGCCGAAUGGUUGUGCUUAAACGGAGGAACUUGUUUUACAGUUUUUGAAAACGCAACUGAUUUUUCAUGUCACUGUACCGAAGGGUAUUGCGGGUUGACCUGUGGCGAAAAAUACACACGCUACGGGUGUUUUUCCAGAUAUUUGGUUAUAAGCGCAUCGGGAGCGAGUGCGGGAACCCUCGCCAUCUUCAUCGUAGCAAUCAUAAUAAUAUUAUUUUACACGUAUUACAAUAAAAAAUGGAAAAAAAAAAAUUCAUCUCAAGUCGAUUUGAUAUAUUACAUUGAACAAACAACCAACAUGUUAAGAAGAAUAGCUCUCCUUAUAUUUGGAGCAACCAUGGUUGUUGCACAAAGAAGACUGGCACUUCCAGAUCCGAGAAGUUGCGCAAACAGAGUCAGGCAUUCGACUUAUAGAGACGCCAGAGGAGUUGCACAUGCAUACUUUUUCAGUUGGGAACACGGACCAACUAGAAAUUUAGAAGUAGAUUGGCUUGAUGCAAGAAACAUUUGCAGGCGUCAUUGUAUGGAUGCUGUCUCUUUAGAAACUCCUCAAGAAAACGAAUUUGUCAAACAGAGAAUUGCCAGAGGUGGAGUGAGAUACAUUUGGACUUCCGGAAGAAAAUGCAAUUUUAACGGAUGCGAUCGUCCAGAUCUUCAACCGCCAAACAUAAACGGAUGGUUCUGGUCUGGUUCUGGAGCUAAAAUUGGACCAACGACCCAACGUAAUACUGGAGACUGGAGUUCCACCGGUGGUUACGGUCAAGCCCAACCUGAUAACAGAGAAGCCGCACAAGGAAACGACGAAUCCUGCCUUUCCAUCCUCAACAACUUCUACAAUGAUGGCAUCAAAUGGCACGAUGUUGCUUGUCACCACGUGAAACCAUUUGUCUGCGAAGACAGCGAUGAACUUUUGAACUUUGUUCGUAGCCGAAACCCAGGAAUCCGCCUUUAA